AUGGAGGACUUCCAUUACUUUGCAGAAUUCAUGAAAAAAUGGUUAGCGGAGGAGGGAACAGGUGCUAUGGACGUGAAAGUUCUAUUGAAGAGAGUAGAAGAAGGAGUUGAGGACAUGCUCGAUAAUGCGCAGGACAGAACGACGGAUGAAGUGGAGCAGUGUGCACAGCAGGAUACGAAUGGAGAACCAAUAUUGAAGGAUCCGAAGGAAAAAAAUUUAUGUAAAAUUCUAAUCAGAUUAUUCUACGGAAUAGCUAGAUUAAGACAGGUGGGAAAGAAAGAAGGGAACAAGACGGAAAAUUGGGAAUGGAUAAAAACAGUGAUGACCAAUUCAACGGAGGAACAUGUACAAGAUUAUCUAAGAUGUAUAAUAGGAAAAAUACUUAUAGUAAAAAUGUUAGCAGCACAAUGUAAUACGAACAAAGUGGUUGAAAUUGUGAAGAACGCAGUGGACAGUACCAUAGAAAAGAAAGGAGCUCAAGAGGAACAUGAUAAAUGUAAGAAAAUAGAUUUUAAAAGUUUAAGUAUGGGGCAAAAAUUUUUUUGGGCAGAAAUACAGGACUCCAUAGAGAAGGAUAAAGGUAAUGGUAAAACUAUUAAGGACUUAAUUGAGCAGCAAAAAUGUGAAGAGGGGAAUGGUACCCCGGGGACGGUGGGUAAGAACGAUGAGAGCAAGUGGAAGAGUAUUAGGGAACUACUUGGAUUGAGUGAGGGGGAUAAGCUGCAUGAAUUGAACACUGAUAGUAAUACGUGGCCAAGAGGAACGUGGGCCAAGACACUAUGUUACAUAAAGAAUAGGGGUAAGGAUGAGAUUAAGGAAAUAGAGGGAAUACUAAAGCAGGUGCAUAAGUUAGGUGGAAAAUAUAAAGGACAAGUAACAGGGUCGGAGGGAAGUCAAAAUGAUAAGAAUACAAGCACUCUUGCCGAGUGCGAAAAAAUUGAAGAAGAUGUUCUGCGCGCUAGUCCACAAACAACAGAUCUCGCAGCACCUUCUACUUCGGUCUCAAGUUCCCCUUCCUCCAGUAGUUCCAGUAGUUCAAGUUCUUCUUCAUCAGCUUCAGUUUCUGGAUCUUCUGGAGAUGGUAGUGUUUCCGCUGGUGGUGGAGGUGCUGGUACUUCACCAACUUCUGCUGGUAGUAUUGCAAGUACUGGUGCUGGUUCCGGUUCACAGGUCCCAACAGAAACGAAGGAACAUUCCGGAAAAUCGGAAAAAGUACUUUAUACUUAUGAAGACAUUAAGGGAUUGUGGGACGCAUUCGGUGGCGGUGGUCCAGGACAACAGCCGCCACCAACACAACCUCCACCACAACAACAAUCUUCUCCUGUCGUUGCAGCACCAGCCCCUGCUCUCGCUCAUGUUAAUGGUGGAGGUGGGGGAACUGGUGGUGCAGGUGCAGGGGUACUGGGUGGUUUAGUACCAGGUGCUGGUGGGGUUGUACCUGGUGUUCCAGGGGUAGGUGGUGUGCCAGGAGUUUGUACUCCAGCAGCAUCAGCUACAGAAAUUUCUCCAGGAUCUCCUGCUGGGGGCGGUGUUGCCGGUGGUGGGGGAGGUGCAUCUUCUGGAGGUGGUGGUCCAGGUGGCACUAGUACUGGUACUGGUGCUGCUCAAGGACCAGGUCAAAGUACUGGUUCACCAGCUCCACUACCCCCCCCACCCCCUCCUCCUCCACCACAACCACAACCACAACCACCCCGUCCUCCUCCACCACAACAACAACAGAGUGGCCAACAAAGUAAUCAAUCACCUUCAACAUCAUCAGCAUUAUCAACACCUGUUACAACAUCAACACAAACACCAGCAAUAUCACCAACAACACCAUCAGCAACAAUGACAUCAUUAACACCAUCACCAACAGAACCAACAGAAUCAUCAUCAACACAGUCCACACCAGAAUCUUCGGGUUCGGGUAUAUGGUCGGGAAUUCUUGGGAAGGUGCAAUCAAAACUUUCGUCCAUGCUAUCAUCUCUUAUAUAUAAAACAGCCUUUUCCGCCAUUCCUUCCGCCAUUAAUACUGCUUAUGAUGUAGUUACCCCCGUUCUACAAGAAGCUGUAAAGGCUGAAGCAGCUGCAAGAGCUGCGAAAGCUGCAGAACCUGUUCCUCCAGCACUUGAUCCUCCGAAAGCACCUCCUGUCGCUCCGGCAGCAGAACCUCCUGCUCCUGAUCCCGUUAAUGGUAGUGUCGCCGUUUCUGGUACACCACCAACUUCUCCUGGUGGUGUUGGUAGUGUUUCCGCUGGUGGUGUUGGAGAACCAACAGCAGCUGAUGCGGCAGCUCCAGGUGGUCAUGGGGCUGUACCUGGUGUUCCAGGGGUAGGUGGCGUCCCGGGGGUUGGUACUCCAGCAGCGGCCGCAGCAGAGACUCCAGGAUCUACUGCUAAGGGUGGUGGUGCAGCUGGUGUUCCAGGGGUAGGUGGUGUGUCAGGGGGAGCGGGUGCAGCAGAGGCUCCAGGGUCUGCUGCUGGUGCCGGUGGUACCGGUGGUGGUAGUAGUCAACAUACUGGUCGUGUUGGUAGUAGUGUACCAUCUGCUGCUGGUAGCAGAAGCGUAAGUCCGCGUAGGACACCACAAGGAGGUACAAUUCCACUUGGACCGAAGGUUGUAGAGUGGGAUAUAAGGAAUAUAAAGGAUGUUAUCAUCCCUUAUAUUCCAAUAAUUCCUGUUGUAUUAGGUGUUUCUGUAUUUGGUUUCCUUUUUUUUAAGUAUUUUGGAUUUUCUGGUCGGCAAAAACGACGUUCCCGACGUGCGCCACAAAUCCCGAGGAGUCCUCCCCCUUUGGAAGAACAUAUGGAAAAAGGCGCUCUAACCAUAUCGUAUGCACCUUCUCAGUAUUAUAUGGUUAGAAGACGCCAUCCUCUAUUUAGUACCGAAAGGCAGCGAGUAAAAAAACAUAUCUUAAAAGGAAUAAGCGAAAAAACUAUUAUUCAUGUUCACUUGGAGGCACUAAAUGAGUAUAAGAACCAAGAACCAAACUAUGGGUCGCCGCCAUUAAUGGAUAAAGUCGAUUUUCUUCAAAUCAUCGUGGAGGAAUUUAUGGGAUCUGCAUAA